GACGGAGCCGGGCAGCGGGAGCGGCGGCCGCGCCAUGUGGCUGCUGGGGCCGCUGUUCCUGCUGCUGAGCAGCGCGGCUGAGAGCCAGCUGCUCCCAGGGAACAACUUCACCAACGAGUGCAACAUUCCAGGCAACUUCAUGUGCAGCAACGGGAGGUGCAUCCCGGGUGCUUGGCAGUGCGAUGGGCUGCCCGACUGCUUCGACAAGAGUGACGAGAAGGAGUGCCCCAAGGCUAAAUCGAAAUGUGGCCCGACGUUCUUCCCCUGUGCCAGCGGCAUCCACUGCAUCAUUGGUCGCUUCCGGUGUAAUGGGUUUGAGGACUGUCCCGACGGCAGUGAUGAAGAGAACUGCACAGCAAAUCCCCUGCUCUGCUCCACUGCCCGCUACCACUGUAAGAACGGCCUGUGCAUUGACAAGAGCUUCAUCUGCGAUGGGCAAAAUAACUGUCAAGACAACAGUGACGAAGAAAGCUGUGAAAGUUCUCAAGAACCAGGCAGCGGGCAAGUGUUCGUGACUUCGGAGAACCAGCUGGUGUACUACCCCAGCAUCACUUACGCCAUCAUCGGCAGCUCCGUCAUCUUCGUGCUGGUGGUGGCCCUGCUGGCCCUGGUCUUGCACCACCAGCGAAAGCGCAACAACCUCAUGACGCUGCCAGUGCACCGACUGCAGCACCCUGUACUGCUCUCCCGCCUGGUGGUCCUGGACCACCCCCACCACUGCAACGUCACCUAUAAUGUCAACAACGGCAUCCAGUACGUGGCCAGCCAGGCCGAGCAGAACGCCUCGGAUGUAGGCUCCCCGCCCUCCUACUCAGAGGCCCUGCUGGACCAAAGACCCGCGUGGUACGACCUUCCUCCACCGCCCUACUCUUCCGACACCGAGUCUCUGAACCAAGCCGACCUGCCCCCUUACCGCUCACGGUCGGGGAGUGCUGACAGCACCAGCUCCCAGGCAGCCAGCAGCCUCCUGAGUGUGGAAGACGCUGGCCACAGCCCAGGGCAGACCAGGGACUCUGUGCCCAGCCAGGGCACUGAAGAAGUAUAAAAUCCGGUUAUUCCAAAGUCCAUAUGGGUUAAUCUGCUCUGACUUGCUACCAUUCUAACAACGUGUGCUCACGGGGAGCUCCUGAAGCACCUUUAACGGUAUCUCAAGUUGCAGUUUGGGGUGUCAGCUGUUUUUCCAUUUCUCUCCUCCCCCAGAUUUCAGGGAUGUUCUUUGGAGGGCAACCUGGCAUAUUUCUGGCCUGUCAGUUGACAUGAACUAUUGUGCAUCUUUCCUGCGAGGUCACUCUUCCUCUGGGGCCCAGGAUCACAACCUCACACUCCACAUCAUUCCUGUGUUAGUGUUGGAAUCCCUUUGAGUAGGAGUCAUAAAUUUGCAGGCAGCAGAAUAAAACAGUGUUUGAGUAGUCUGUGAGGAAGCAGUGUUUCUGUGCCUUGUUGGCUGUUC